AUGGCUGAAUGGGAUAAGAAGGGCAUGGACAAAGCCUAUGAAGAGGCUGCCAUUGGAUACAAAGAAGGCGGUGUUCCAAUUGGAGGAUGUUUGAUUGACAACUUGACUGGUGAAAUUUUGGGAAGUGGACACAACAUGAGGUUCCAAAAGGGGUCGCCAACAUUGCACGGUGAAACUUCUACCUUGGAAAACGCUGGUAGAUUGAAGGGAAGCGUUUACAAGCAUUGUACGAUGUAUACUACUCUAUCACCUUGCGACAUGUGUACCGGUGCUAUCUUGUUAUAUGGUAUUGGUCGUGUUGUCGUUGGUGAAAACGUCAACUUCAAGAGUCCCGGUGAGAAAUACUUGGCUGAGAGGGGUAUCGAAGUUAAAGUUGUUGAUGACGAGCGUUGCAUUGAGAUCAUGAAAGAUUUCAUUGCAAAAAGGCCAGAAGAUUGGUUUGAAGAUAUUGGAGAAUAA